UCCUGGAUUUCCAUAUCAGCUGAGCUCUUCUCUUCCGCCGCUUUCUUCUGUGCUUCCAACAGGAUCCUAGAAAGCCAUAGCGACCGGAGAGGCAAUGGAUGACAGGAUCCCUCCCAGCAACACUUACUUCCACUACUUCCCCUCAGGGAUCCCUCCCAACUCCUCUCCCCACCACCACCCCAACCGCCCUCCCCCUCCCCCAACCCCUCUAGAUAGAGAAAGGUAUUUAGCUGAGCUGAUAGCUGAGAGACAAAAAUUGGGACCUUUCAUGCAAGUUCUUCCAUUUUGUAGCAGGCUUCUAAACCAAGAAAUUUUAAGAGCAUCAGUUUUGGCACCUAAUCAAAACUUCAUUCCUGAAAGAAUGGAGCAUGGCAGUCCACUGAGGUUAGCUGGCCACUCUACCAAUGGUGGACCAAUGGAUCUGGAGGGAUGGUCAGCAAUGCAAGUAGAGGAAAAUGGUUAUCUUCAAAGAAUGGGGGCCUUUCAUGCACCAGCAGUGGGUUGGAAUGGGGCUCCUGGAGUUGCUAUCGGCCCUGUUGUAAAGAAAGUUGUGAGAUUAGAUGUUCCUGCUGACAAGUUUCCUAAUUACAACUUUGUUGGCCGUUUGUUGGGACCACGUGGUAACUCUUUGAAAAGGGUUGAGGCUACAACACAAUGCAGAGUUUACAUAAGAGGUCAAGGUUCGGUCAAGGAUUCUCUCAAGGAAGAGAAGCUAAGAGAUAAACCUGGAUAUGAGCACCUUAAUGAGCCAUUGCAUCUGCUUGUGGAGGCCGAGUUUCCAGCAGAUAUGAUUGAUGCCCGAUUGAGCCAAGCUGUGGGGAUUUUGGAAGAUCUUUUGAAGCCAGUGGACGAGUCCAAAGAUUACUACAAGAAACAACAGUUGAGAGAAUUGGCCAUGCUGAAUGGUACCCUAAGAGAGGAGAGCCCUCAGAUGAGCCCCAGUGCAUCGCCAUUUAACAGCACAGGAAUGAAACGAGCAAAAACAGGACGAUAGAUCGAAGUCAUAGCCGUUGAUUCUUGACCUCUAAAUUAGGACAGUUUUACCCAAUGGCAGAGUGCCAUUCUCACCUUUGCAUAAUUUACAUUAUUCUUAAUGAUAAAUAUCAGGAGGAGAUUGUGAGAAAGUAAAUGCAUCCAUCAGUGGUACACUAAGAUGUGUCCUUUGAUCUAGAUGUUUCUUGGUUCCUGGUUACAAAUGCCUGAAUAUUACUCCUAGCUUGCUCAUCAUCUGUGUAACCUUAUCUGAAUGUUAUGUAUGAUAUCAUGAGCAUGGGACUGCUUUAUACGAAUUUCCCAUGAUAAGAUGUUAGAUAGUAUGACCUCUGUAGUUAGCCUAAGUUAUGUACUUGACACAGCUUGUAAUUUGUGAUCCAUAUUCUCAUAACUUUGGUGUGGUUGUCACUCAAGCACCAUAAUGCAUUAGAAUUUUUGCCCUA